GCCCCGCCGUCUCCCGGCCAGUCCCCGGUAUGCGGCGCCGGCUGUGAGCACCGGCGCCCCGGGGACGCCCGGCCGCACAACUACCUCAGCGCACCGGUUGCCGCAGCCGCCCCAGGCUUUUGCACUGCCAUAGGGCGCCCCCUUGAGGUUGCUUCACCCGCUGACCAUGUUCCAGCGCUUCACCAGCCUUUUCUUCAGCACUCCUUCGCCUCCUGAAGACUCCAACUGUCCCGAGGCCUUCGUCUCAGAGGAGGAUGAAGUGGACGGCUGGCUCAUCAUUGACCUGCAGGAUAGCUACACAGCUCCCCCAAACCCUGGGGCCUCUCCGGCUCCUGCAGGCCGCCCUCCACCCGCGCCCUCCUUGAUGGACGAGAGCUGGUUUGUUACCCCUCCCGCCUGUUUUACUGCAGAGGGGCCCGGUCUUGGGCCGGCCCGCCUCCAGAGCAACCCCCUGGAGGACCUCCUCAUCGAGCAUCCCAGCAUGUCCGUUUAUGUCACCGGCAGUACCAUAGUGCUAGAGUCUGGGCCACCUUCCCCUCACCCUGACGCUGCCUUGCCUGAUCAGGACCUCAGCGAUGGAGAGUUGGCGCCUGCUCGCCGGGAGCCCAGGGCCCUGCACCACGCAGCUGCUGCGAUGCCUGCUCGAGCUGUGUUGCUGGAGAAGGCCGGCCAGGUACGGAGGCUGCAGAGGGCCCGGCAGCGGGUAGAGCGCCACGCCUUGAGUGCUAAAGUGCUACAGCGGCAGAAUCGCGCUCGGGAGAGUCGUUCGCGGCGGCCCAAGCACCAGGGCAGCUUCAUUUACCAGCCGUGCCAGCGCCAGUUCAACUACUGAGCGCCCUUGCGACACCUCCAAUCCCGCGCAGACUCCCGGCCCCAUCUGCCUCCUCUGCAGCAGCCAGUGUGCUGCUCGAGGGGUGUCCAGGGUCCGCCUGCCUCCAUUUGGAUACCACAACCUCCCUCCUUCCUAAGUGUUUGAGGUGGGAUGAUGGCCCUCUACUCCCCUGAGUUCUCAGUUUCUUCUAACUCACCUGAUAACCUCUUUCACCGCGGGCCACCCUCCCCACCUGUUUCUGAUUUCUCACCAUCCACUCCCCACUCCUGCUCUCCCUUUUCAGACCCCUGUUCUUGUCUCUCACUCCUUCACUUUGUCCUCCUAGGCCCCCGAUUUCUAAGAGCCUCUCCCACCAUGACCUGGCACCAUGGUUUUCCCCUUUCAGCUCCUACUUUCCAAGACUUCCCUUUUUCGUUCCUGGCAAUUCCCUCCCAAUCCUGACCAGGUACAACCUGCCAGGCCUGGGCCAUUGUUCUUAGAACCCUGUGGUCAGGUGUCAGGCACAGGGUUUUGAUUUCAGUCAUCCCCACCCACCCACCCGCCCUGGGGGUUGAGCUCCUUGGACUGCUUAGGCCUGGAAAGUUUAAGUAUGUGGAGGAGGACAGUGAGUUGUAAGUUAGAUAGGGUGAAGGGAAUGGAAGGAAACAGGCAGCCUAUCGGGAUGCAGACAGGGACAGAUGGGUUGAGAGACAGUUGGGAGCAGGGCAUCAUGAGAGCUGGCAUUGUGCUUGGUCAGAGGAGUUAAGCCCUGGUCUUAGGCUUGAGCCUGGAGCCUGCCCCAUUUCCUUUUCCUAUAAUCCUGCCUUCCAGGAUUUUUCCUGAAAUCUGUCCCCCUUCAGGAGUAAAACCCCCCACCUCCCGGUGAGUCUAGAGUCCGAAGGGCUUGUACCUUGUCACCUUACCUUGACAUGCCGCCCCAGGAGUAGAAGCUGGGUAAGGCCCCCGACAUUCUGGCCAUCUUUGUUCAUAUGCCCAAGGUGCUAGAAUUAGCUUAGGAGAGACGCCGGCUAGAGGGCUUCCAGGCAGGGAAAAAAGGGUACAUACCCCAAGGCAAGAGUGCAGAGGGAUGAUGCUAAGGAGGACAAGUUUGGGGUAAAGCCAUCCCUAGGCUGAUAACUCUGCCUUCAUCUUGCCUCUGGCCUUAUAGUUCAUACUUUGCUCAAUAUGGCUGGCUAAUAAACACUCCUGAGUAGGAGGCCAGGAGCCUCACUGUUCCAAUUCCCAAAAUUUUUCUUACAGAAGUUCAGGGCCUUCAAGGGGCUUCUUAAUGUUCUCCCACAGGGCUCUUCCUUUCCAAGUGCUCUGUGGUCUCUCUUCCCUUUCUAGUUAAAUAUCUGGAGUAAGGAAUUCUUGGGUAGAGCACAGGGAUGGGGUAGCCCGCUUCUCCCUUCUUGUGGUGGGGCUCAGACACCAGCAACAGCCUCUUGGGAUGCCCCAAGUUGUUUCCAAUUCUUUCUAGCUGUCCUUUUUUAAGUGUGUGCUCUUCCUUCCUCAAAACUUUUAGAUUUCCUGUUACAUAUUAACACAGGUCUUCCCUUUGACUCCAACUCCAGGUUUCCAGGCCUCAGAGCCAAGUCGGGGUUGGAGAAAACGGCAUUCCUAUGAGGGUAAAAGUAGCUGCCCUCUCUGAUCCUUUCUCACCAGGCUUCAUGUGGGGAUGGGAGAGAUGUCCCCACAAUGGGGACAGAGGAAGCCCGGCUAAGGUCUCCUAGCUCAAGGAUAAGCCAAACGCAAACUAUACGCAGAUCAAAACCUCACACCAGCUUAUUAGGGCCCUAGUAGUUGAUAACCUUGUUCCUGUCCCAAGUUCUUCAGUUACAACUUAGUAACUUACUCUUCCUGCUAUCCUAAGGUCACUUCCCAGCCAGCUUAGGAUCUUCAGCACUUCCAAGAGCUGAAACUCCCUCCAGCCCUUCUUAUCUAAUCCUCACUGCCAGAUGGUGACCUAGGCUCAGUCCUGGGCAAGUGCCCAUGAUCCAGAUGGGGGCCUAGGCUCAGUCCUAGGCAAGUGCCCAUGAUCCUGCUGCCGUGGGAAGUUUGAUAGGGCAUUUGGCUCAAAUUUCAAAAGGCCUCACUCCUGACCUGUAUUUCUAGAAGCUCCUGUAGUUCUAGAACCCUCCAAUCUCUCAUCUGACUGGUUGCAAGGCUUAUUUUUCUUUUGUACUUUCCUAUAGAUUCUGUAGCAUUUGAGUGUGGCAAUAUUUUAAUUGUGUAUAGAUUUCUCAGUCUCCUGCUAGUCUGACUCCUGAAGCAUCAGCCCCUGUCAUACUGUAUUGACUGUGUAUGUGCCUUUCACCUUGAGCAUGCUUCAGGAUUUUUUUCUUAAACCACAGAACUUGAAUACACAAGGGAACCAGAAUUCACAAAGUCCUAUGCAACCCUAGACGGGAGGAGGUUAGAGAGUCUGUCUUGAGUGAUGAUUUCAGAGACCCUGGAGAAAUUUGUACCAGUUUGUAUUAAUGUCAAUACUACCAGCACUUUGCCAAAACUAAGGAUGUCAGAGGGACCUGUUUCUAGAGUGAGUCUCAGUUACAUCAAAGGGCAAUUUCCAGCUUUCUCCAAUAAGUCUGAGUGGUUCUCUUGAGCUGGUGUCACUUUCUAACCUUUGCCAGUCUAGCCCCAGUAGGGCACUGUGUGUGUGAGUGCAGUUUGGUGCUGUUUUGGAGUAUGCCUGCUCCCCAGCCUGGAACCCUCUGAUCAACUUGCUGUGACCUAUAAUGUCUUAGGUGCAACAAGGACCCUACCAGAGCUCCUGGGCGGCUUUCAAGAUCCAUGUAGCUUUGUGUGAGGGGACUGAAUGCAGACAAACCACAGCCUGCUCUAAUAACUUCUUAUCCUACCACCUAGUUCCAAAUGGAACCAACAAGUUGAGUGCAUCUUUGUUGGGUGUUUGUGUUGAGACUGGCUGAAAUGAAAAAUCUUUGACUGACCAUGUUGUGAUGUGUCGACAGACUCAAGGACACAACCACCUCGACCUGGUCAUGUGGCAUGCCUGUGUAUGUGUGUAACAGGAUUCUGAAUGUUAGAUUGUAAUGCUAUUCCUGUAUGGGAGAAAAAAUAAUAUAAACAAAUAAAAAUCUAUUUAAAGCACA